AAAUUAGAUAGAUUCAUAGACUUUUCAAGUGGCUUAUAAAUAAAUUGAAGUUAGACACGUUUUGAAUGUUAUCUAUUGUUCACUCAGGUGGGAACAUCAAUUGGCACAUCUCUGCCUGCUUUUAACUGCAUAAGAUUCCUGGCCAAGAUUGACCCAUAUAGAUCCCCGUCAUAGGCCUUUCAAGUGGCCGAAGAUAGUUGUUGAAUUCCCCGAUUACACAAAUUUCGGAUCCAGCGAGCAGAUAGCGCGAAGUUCAUCACGACUGGCCCACUUAAUCGCUCUGCAGUCUUCGUCUUCGUCUCUAUCUCUUAUCGUUGUCGACCGAACAGAACACCUUCCCCAAAACUAACUGAACUGUCCGUCCGAUGAUAACUGCCUACGCACUCACAUAUUCGCACAGUCGCUUUCGGUAAUAACCCCGUCGACUGGCGGCCGCUUGACCACUCGUCUGCCCACGCUGGAGUGGAUCGGUUCGUUCCCUUUAAACUGCAGCCAGGCUCAACUGAACCGGAGUCCAGCAAGCGCGAAUCUAACAAGUGACCGCUAAUUAAUCAUCCGCAACGUGUAAUUCGAAUCAAAACUGCCUCUAGUAUUGGCCGAUCGUAAAGUGCUCCAAAGAUCUUGUCGACAUGCGCGAUAACGAAGAUGAUCUUUAUCGGGAGCGCCUGCCGAACGUUUGCGGUGCCGUGAGCUCAAAGGCGAGGAGCUGCUGCAGCAUGCGUUCUGUCCACAAAUACCUGCCCGUCACCGAUUGGCUGCCCAAGUACCAGUGGAACUUUCUGGCCAUGGAUGUGGUGGCUGGUCUCACCGUGGGCCUCACAGCCGUGCCACAGGCCAUAGCCUACGGAGCUGUGGCCAAUCUGCCACCAGCCUAUGGGCUCUACUCCGCUUUUAUGGGUGGAUUUGUGUACAUACUCCUUGGAACCUGUAAGGACAUCACAGUGGGCCCUACGGCCAUCAUGGCGCUGAUGGUGCAGCCUUAUGUGGACGGCAACCCAGCGUAUGCGGUGCUAAUAUGCUUCCUGUCCGGCUGCAUCAUCACUCUAAUGGGUUUACUCAAUCUCGGAGUGCUCAUGCGGUUCAUAUCGGUGCCGGUGACGACGGGUUUUACGAUGGCAGCCGCCCUAACCAUUGCCACCGGCCAGGUUAAUAGCCUCUUUGGGAUCAGCAGUAGUGCCAGUGGGUUCCUAAACAGCUGGAUAUACUUCUUCGGUCACAUAACGCAAACACGUCGAAACGAUGCCAUCCUUGGCUGCUGUACACUUGUGCUCCUGCUGCUCAUGAGGCAACUGAAAGACCUGCCUUUCGGCUUCAAAAGCGUGUGGAAGUAUAUUUCACUGGCCCGCAAUGCUGUGGCCGUGGUAAUUGGCAUACUGCUGUGCUAUCUUCUGAAGAACGAUGGCAAACUGCCCUUUCUAGUCAGCGGCAGCAUCACUCCAGGCCUGCCGCCCUUCAAGCUUCCCCCCUUUCACACAGAGGAUCCGGAGACUGGAGAAAGCAUCAGCUUUGGUGGCAUGGUAUCGAACGUAGGCACUGCCCUGGUGUCCAUACCACUGUUGUCCAUAUUGGAGAGCAUAGCUGUGGCCAAGGCAUUCUCCAAGGGCAAGAUAGUUGAUGCAUCGCAGGAGAUGAUUGCCCUGGGCGUCAGCAACAUCCUCAGCAGCUUCUUCUCCUCCAUGCCCAUUACUGGAUCCUUCACCAGGACAGCCAUCAACAACGCCAGUGGAGUUAGGACCCCGCUGGGUGGUGCGGUCACCGGCGCUCUAGUCCUCUUGACCCUGGCUUUCCUCACCACCACAUUUGCCUACAUUCCAAAGGCGACCCUGGCAGCCAUCAUCAUUGCAGCCAUGUUCUUUAUGGUGGAGUACGAGACCAUCGGCGAGAUUUGGCGGGCUAAAAAGCGCGAUAUGCUGCCUUUCCUGGUUACCGUGUUGACCUGUGUCUUCUGGACCCUGGAGUACGGAAUGGUGGUGGGCAUCGUCUUCAAUGCCCUUUUCCUGCUCUACAAGAGCAUGAAGCCGCAGUUUUUCUUGGCAACCGAGAAGUUCAAUGGCAUCGAGGUGACCAUGGCCGAUCUCAAGGGCAGCGUGGACUACGCGGCAGCCGAGUACUUGAAGAUGUCGAUUGUGUCGCACGUGACGCAAAGGAACAGCGAGGGAGGUGCACCCACCACACUGGUGGUCAUCAAGGGGCACGAGAUCGCCUCAAUUGAUACGACCGUGGCUUUGAACCUCAAGUCGCUGCGCGAAGAUCUCGCCUUGCUGAAGUGCGACAUGAUAUGCUGGAACUGGAGUAUUCCGGCGGCGGGAGUGAUUUGCCGGAUGGACAGGAAGCUGCGCAGUAUGUUCAAGUUCUCGAAAAGCUUUUCAGACCUAAUGCAAACAAUUGCGGAUGCCGAGACAGCCGAUUCAUGUAUCGCCGUUGACUUGAGUCAAUAAAGAGUGCUCUUUUGUUUUGCCGUAUGUGUAUCUGCGUACAGUUGCGCCAAUGAAUUCGGUUUGGAAAGGUGGGGUACUUAAACUUUGAGAAUCUUGAUGGUUAAGGUAUAACCAAGUUUAGGUACAACUAAGAAGAAAUUUUAAAGCACACACUAAUAAUAUUUAUUAUAAUAAAAAUUAUAUUCUUUAAACAA